CAGUCACGUGUUCGAGGUCACGUGGCCAUGCUGGGAGCACCCGCCUCUCCUUACCCCCUCUCCCAUCUUCCUUCACAGCUAGGGCUUGGCGGUGGCCGAGAAGGGAUUGCUCCGCUCCCGGUCGUGCCGCUGUGGGAGGCUCCUCCGAUUUGGCGUGAACAGCUCUAAAAAAAGAAAAUGACGCACUGGUUUCAUCGCAACCCUUUGAAGGCUACAGCUCCUGUUUCCUUCAAUUUUUAUGGGGUGGCUACCACUCCAGCUGCAACAAAGGUUUGCAAUGAUUUGAGGUUAUCUCGGACACGGCUGUUGGAGCUGUUUACAGACUCAAGUUGUAAUCCAGAAAUGAUGAAGAAUGCAACUGACUUGUACUUCUCACUUUUGCAAGGUUUUAUCCUUCCACUGGAUGACUCUUCCCAAGAAAGCAAGUUGAGAUUCAUUCAGAAUUUCAAGUGGACAGACACACUACAAGGACAAGUUCCAAGUGCCCAGCAGGAUGCAGUGUUUGAACUGGUUUCCAUGGGAUUUAAUGUAGCCCUGUGGUACACAAAAUAUGCAUCAAGACUUGCUGGAAAAGAAGAUAUAACAGAAGAUGAAGCAAAAGAUGUUCACAGAAGCCUGAAGAUAGCAGCUGGGAUUUUUAAACACUUGAAGGAAAGUCAUAUUCCAAAAUUGAUUACACCUGUAGAAAAGGGAAGAGAUUUAGAAGCUCGACUUAUAGACUCUUACAUCAUACAGUGCCAAGCGGAAGCUCAAGAAGUGACAAUUGCUCGGGCCAUUGAGCUGAAACACAAUCCAGGACUAAUAGCUGCUCUUGCUUAUGAAACAGCUAACUUCUACCAAAAAGCUGAUCAAACGUUAUCCAGUUUGGAUCCAAUCUAUGCAGGUAAAUGGAGGAAGUACUUAAACUUGAAGAACUGUUUCUAUAUGGCCUAUGCAUACUGUUACCAUGGUCAAACCUUACUGGCGAGUGAUAAAUGUGGGGAAGCAAUCAGAUCUCUGCAGGAAUCAGAAAAAUUUUUUGCCAAGGCUGAAGCGUUGUGCAAGGAAUAUGGAGAAACCAAAGGACCUGGGACUACUGCCAAACCUUCUGGACAUCUCUUCUUUAGGAAAUUAGGAAGUUUGGUUAAGAACACGCUAGAAAAAUGCCAGAGAGAGAAUGGAUUCAUCUAUUUUCAGAAGGUGCCAGCAGAGGCUCCCCAGUUGGAACUGAAAGCAAACUAUGGUUUAGUAGAGCCUAUUCCUUUUGAAUUUCCUGCCUUGAACGCACAUUGGACUCUUGAAACACUUGGGGCAUUUGAUCUAACCAAGAGACCAAAGGAUGAUGCUGCUAAACCAAAGCCAGACGAAGAAGUAAAACCUCUGAAGGAACCAGAUAUAAAGCCUCAAAAAGACAGUGGAUGCCAGAUUUCUUAAGUCCCAUAAGACUUUGAAUUCACUUUGAAACUGUAUUCAUUAGACUCUGGGGCUUUAGUUCUGGUCUCCCUUUUUCUGAUUCUUCUUUUGUAAUUUAGAAGACUAAUUUAAUUUACUUUUGUUUGUAUAUGUCUAUCUUGCUUGAGAAUGUGGUGGAUUUCUAAGAGUUUAUUUAUAUCCGACCUAUUUUUGGUUUCAGUAGGGUAUAAUAGAAUGAGUGGGUUUAAAAUGUUCCUAUUGUGCCUCUAGAGAAUUUCUUUUUGUGGGUUUAGUUUCUACCCACAAGUAGCAAAGAAAGUAUCAUGAUUGGAAUACUUGAGGAGUUUUCCAUUAGAUUAUAUGCUAUAUAUCAUGUCAAAUUCUGCAAGUAAAAGUUUAUAUGAACAGUAAUAAUUAUUCAGGUUUUGUCAUUCAGGCUUAACACCCUGUUGUAUUCUGGCUCACUUAAUUGUAGUGAGCGAAAAAGAUCUGGGUUUGGUUUUUAACACCUUUAUGAUAUUUCACAGGAGUUGCACAGAACUUGGAAAACCUUAAGUUCUGCAAAACUGGAGCACAAUUCAUAUUCUUCUGAAACAGCCUCUGUUCUUCCCUCCAACAGAUAAGGGUUCUUGUAUAAUGGGUUGUAGUAAGGUAUGUUAGCUUGUCUGUUCUUAAAUUAAAAUCUUUAAUAUUAAAGUAUUUGUGAAGGUGACACAAUAAGUCAUAUGGAAUUUCUUAAAAGUAAUGCAUCAUGGUGUCACUCAUUCAAAGUUUUUGAAUCUUGAAAGAUUUGGGAAAUUUGAAAGCUGCAGAUAGUCAAAAUCUCCUGGCAUUAGAAAAGCUCUGGUUGAUGUUGUGUUUCCAUCUGAGUAAUUUCUAUAAGAAGCUGUUAGAAGAACAGGGAGGAAAGAUGAGCUGGGGAACUGAUGAUACAAUUGGGAAACCAGGCUCUAGGUUUCCAUUAUGCCAUAUGUAAACAGUAAUAUUUCUCAGCUUUUGCACUGAAAUCAGCUCCUUAUGACGAAAACUUGCCAAAAGCCAAGCCCAGUUAAGACUGAGGAAGUAUUUUGUAGAACUUGCUUCUUCCAUUUCUGCCUCCUGUGGAAAAUGUGAUAACGCCUUCAGAGCUGAGCACUCCAAAACACCCGUGUCAACAAAAACAUAGCUUUCUGGUUUGCCACAAAUGCAAAAGAAUGUGAUGCAUUGUGUUGAAGUGAGGUUAUGUAAUCUCUGGGUACCUGUUGCUGCACUUUACUUUACCCAAGAAAACAACCGAACAGCCUGAAAUUUUCCUGUUUCAACAAAACAUGAUGGCAUAUGCAGUUAUGAUGUAUACUGUAAACACAUUCCUUGCUUUGUACAGUUUGGAUUGGUUUGUCUUCCACUCGGGCAUAAUUCAGUGCUUUUGUUUCAAAUCUUUCAUGGGACUUCAAAUAACUUAGCUUAGAGGGCAGGUGUGUAGCUCUUUGAAGGCCUGUGGAACAAAAGCUUUCGAGGAGUUCAAUAGGAAAUUCAAGACUCUUCCUGAGAUACUGGACCAAACUACAGAAUUCAUUGCUGCAAAAGGAUCUUAAUGUUGGCUGUCGUGGGUGAAUCAAAUGCAGAACUCAUUGCUUCCAGUGAUGGAUUUUUCUUUCAGCCAGUCACACACACAAAAAUAAGUGUAAACUCAGAUGAAUUGAUGAAUUUGGAAGAAGUUUCUGUUCUGUCAGGGCUUAGGUGGGUAGAGGAUAAUGAGCAUCAAGAAGAAUUUAUAUCUAAAAUGGGGCCAUUUCUUCUGAUGCUGCACAGGGGCCUGGCUAUGUUUUAUGAAGAGUUACUCAGAUCUGUUCAUAACUUGAUCAGCUGAAUUCUUAACUUCUUGCAUUAUUGAAAGACCAGCUUAGGUUUUGCCAGAACAGUGUGGAGCUAUAAUGCUUGCCUAUGCAGGUUUUGAUUCUCCUAAGAACAUAAUUACUGCUGUAGUCAUCUACAUUUGCUUAGCCUGCCCCCUUUAAGGAUAAAGAUGCUGUUAACUCAGUUUCAUAACCACAAUUUUUUAGUUACUCAUUGUUUUGCAGGUGCCUGUGUGUUAAUACAUACAUGUCUCAACCUAAUUCGUUUUCUUUAGAUUGCAUCUUUCCUCCUCCCCUCAUUUUCCCUUCCAUCUGCUCCAUGCUGUGGCACAGACUUACCCUUGUUUACUAAUGCAUGUGUAGGUGCUGGGUCUCGUUUCCAAUGAGGCUUUUGCCCAUGGGUGUAUUUUAGUAAAUGAAUAACUUAAAAUAACAUGAACAGAUCGUGACUAAAUCAUUUCCAAGCAACAUUUUAGGAAAGAUUAUUUUAUAAUUAAAUUCUUAGUUCUUCAGAUGCUUUCUCAAACCAAGUGGUUUGUUUGAAUCAAGUUCACUGUAAAUAGUUUGGGGCAUAAUCAAGUGGAUUGUGUCAGAUGAUGGCAUUACUUAAGCCUAGCCUCUUAUGCCAUAGCCAUUUCGGUAAAUAUGAUGUAGUAGUUUAAAAAUAGACUAAUGGAACAAACUAAUUCACUUAACGUGCGUUGCUUUUCAAGACAAACUUUGUUUACUUGUAGUUAAAAUCUUAUGGCAAACAUUGGAUAGUUGUGCCCAAAGAUAAGAAACUGGAGACUGUUUAGUUUGCCGAAGUAUAGCAAGCUGUGACUCAACAAGCAGUUUUCUCUUUGAUUGUGUUGGGUAGUAGCAAAAAUUGUUGUAAAUAAUUCGUAGAUUAACUGUCCACUAUGCAUGGGUGAAUUGACGGGGAGUUUCAGUUAAUCUGGAAACCUAGCAGCCAUUUUUCCUUCUAUUAUGAUUUCCUUAAGUAAUUUUUAAGAACGAAGUAUUUUGAAUGGUGACUUUUUAAUACUCUAAUGCUGCAAGAGCCUGUUUUUGUGGCCUCACUCUGGUUUCAGAGGCCCUCAUGGCCUUGUUGGUGUAAAUAGUCUUUAAAAUUUUGUGACGGUCUGAACUGGGACAGGACUGCAGCUAAAUAAAAUACAGAGUGCUGGGCCCUCUAUUUUGUCCUUUUAGAAAUGCAGUGAUUGUCUUUAGUCUACUAUAAAGCAAAGCAGUAAGCUCUUUAAGAUUUCUAUUUCACUACCUUCCUUCAUGUAUUUAAAUACACUUCCUCCAUGUUUCACAUCCCUGGGUUUACAGUAGUUAAUCUCCAUCCAGUAUGCAACACUCCUAGAACUGAGGGACUAAAUUUGGCCCUUGGAUGCUGAUGUCUGCCUCCCGCUGGAUUCAGUAGAGGAGUUUUUCUUCUCAGCCCAAGGAUGACGUUUGGUCACUUAAAUGUUCAGCAUGAAUAUGUGGUGCAUCUAUAGUGAUGAUAUUGCUUCAUAGGAUAAGCAAGAAAACAGAUCCCUGGAUCUGUGUAGAUUAUAGCCAACUUUGCACUUUAGAUCUAAAUUUCUGAUCUUGCCAUUUCAGUACAAUACAAUAUGGUUGUAAAUACUCCUUCCUCUCAUUUUAGUAUUGUUGCACUGAUUUCAGGACUGUGCUAUUGGUAAGGUUUUUAUGGGAGACAUUAGUAAAAUGUAUUUUUAAUUGUCUGUGUAUAAAAUAAACUCAUGAAGCAUAUCUCUGCCUUAGUAUUGGGGGAGCAUGAGGAGAGGCUUCAUCUGCUUUCCAUGACAGUUCAGAGAAAUGAAAAUUUUGUCUAUUGGCUGAUGCUACUCUUCAUCCCACUGCUGCACCUAUUAUCUAAAGAGAAGUUUCAGCAAUAACAUAAAUCCUGUUCAUGCCUGUUAAUUAUCCCUAAAAAACAUCUGUUGAUCAAUGAUCAUUGCCAAUUUACAGCGGUGUAAGCUGCCUUCCCCCUGCCCCACCAACAGGCCCAGCUGAGUGCGGAGUGAGGCAAAAUGUGUAUGACUGGCCUGGAAGAGCCUCUGUAGUGGUACCUGUCUUCAGAUUUUGAGUGCAGCAUAACAGUCUUUGCACAUCAACCAUUGGAUUCACUUAGAUCUUUCCCCACUGUUAUUGCUCUCAAAUUCAAACAACAUCACGUGGUAACUGAGGAAGCUUUUUCUGUAGGAAGGCCAGCCUCCUCCAUGUUGGGGCCUUCACAGAUUACAGCCUUCUUGAAGCCGUCCUGUACUCAAACUUCAGUGGAAUGGACUCCAAUGAGAUUGACCCUGCAGCCUUAUUUUGUGAAGACAGUCAUCAUGUGAUCUUAAGCUUCAUAGUUUAAAAAUUUGUAUAUAACCAUGAGUUUCAGAAUACCAUUUAAAAUAAAUGAU